UAAGUAAACGUAUAAAAAAUGAAGAGCGAACAGUUUGUUUAACAAUACAAAACAUUCCUGCCAUGGACGAAGAUUCAAGGGCACCCUUGUCCAAUCUCCACCCUGUCGCCGGCGCCGGGAACCUUCUUCCCACCACUGACGAGGCUUCAUCUUCUACAGGUAGAUCGGUGCGGAUCGAAUGGCCCACGAUCGACGGCCCUCUCGGCCUCUCUCAUGAAGAAUCGCUAACCUACGCCCGCAGAUUCUUCAAAUUGGGGUUUUUGUGCCUGCCUUUCCUAUGGGCGGUUAGUUGUUUCUACUUCUGGCCUGUCCUCCGCCAUCCCCAUUCUCAUCAAUCUCACCCGCAACUCCGCCGUUAUCUUGUUGGAUCAGCAAUUGGUUUCCUCCUUUUCACAACAAUUCUUUCUUCAUGGGCUCUUACCUUUGCCAUUGGAGGGGAGCGUCUGUUUGGCCAUGUAUGGGGGGAAUUGGUAAUGUACAAUGUGGCAGAAAAAUAUGGCUUAGCUGGAUGGAUCUAGAUGUAAUUACAUGCAUUUGUUAAUCUACAUAUACAAAACAUGGAUUUAUGUUUCUGAGAGGAUUUGGGAUUCUUAAUGCAAUUGCUACAUUUUGAUCCAUAA